CUUUAUUACAACAUGGUGCAACUUACAACAUUGAGAAUAAAGAAGGCAAAACACCUAUUAAUCUUUCCAAGAAUCAGAAAGUUGCUAACUUCCUGAAAUUAGUUGAAGAAUUGUUUAAAGAUACAAAAAAAGGGAAUACAUUAUUGCAAGUUGCUGUAGCUAAUGGACACAAAAAUGUCGCGAGUAAAUUGUUAGAAAUGCUGAAAGAGCUACCUCCAGUUCAAUCACAGUCUAGCCCUGAAUGUGAGUUGGAUCAACUUGAAAAGCUUAAAUGUGCUGCAGAGCUGCAUAUUUCUUAUUCUAAGAUUUACCUUCGUAUGUUGCGGAGAAUGUUGCAAGUGUUGCAUCCAUAUGACUCGGAAAAGAAUACUUCUCCUUGGAACACUCUUAAGGAAGGUUCUUAUUACCUAGGAAAUGCAUAUAGCUUAGUUCAGAUAUAUAAAGAUUGUGUACUUGGUUCGAUAGAUAAUAAAAGCAUACAGUCAGUAAAUGAUAUGCUGGUAACGCUAGAAUUUGAUCGAAAACACAUAACGUAUGGGUAUACAGAUGAAGCUUACGGUGGGGAAACUAAAUGCUUCGUUUCCAAAGGGCAAGGCACAAAAUAUUAUGAGUUAUUGCAUAGUGAGUUAAAGAAAGAUGUAAGAUCGUUCAUAGAAAUGGUUGAACUUAAUAUUGAUAUUCCUGUACAAAGGUUUUUAGAGUCAAUCAAGCAGAGAUUACAGUCUUUUUCUGAAAAGUUACUUGAGGCCAUGGAAAAUGACAAUCUUUUAGCAGUCGAGAAUUGCAUCAAAAGGGGGGUGGUUGUCAACUUCAAAGAUACCGAUGGAAGAACAUCGUUACACUAUGCCGUUAACAAUGGUAACAUAGAUAUUGUAAGCAUCUUAUUAAAAAAUGGAGCUGAAGUUACUGAAAUUACCAACAAGAGCAAUACGCCAUUACAUAUAGCUUCUUCCAAAGGUUUCAAAGAAGUUGUUGAAGUUUUAUUACAAUAUGUAAAUCGUGAUAAAGUAAAUGGCUUUAUUGAUGCUAAAACAGCUUCUGAUGAUACUACAUCACUUCAUGUUGCGGCUAAAAAUGGCUUCUUAGAAGUUGUAAAAUCUUUAUUACAACAUGGUGCAACUUACAACAUUGAGAAUAAAGAAGGCAAAACACCUAUUAAUCUUUCCAAGAAUCAGAAAGUUGCUAACUUCCUGAAAUUAGUUGAAGAAUUGUUUGAAGAUACAAAAAAAGGCAAUGUUGAAAUUAUCAACAAGUUAAAGGCAGUAAAGCAAGAUGAGUUUUUAGCUGUAACAAGAGCUCUUAAUAAUCAAGGGAAUACAUUAUUGCAAGUUGCUGUAUCUAAUGGACACAAGAAUGUCGCGAGUAAAUUGUUAGAAAUGCUGAAUGAUCCAGUUCAAUUACAGUUUAGCCCUGAAUGUAAGUUGGCUCAACUUGAAAGUCUUAAAUGUGCUGCAGAGCUGCAUAUCCAUUUUUCUGAGCAUUGCCUUCCUUCGUUACUGAGCAUGUCGCAAUCAUAUGGCUCGAAAAAGAAUACUCGUUGGAAAACUCUUAAGAAAGGUUCUUAUUACCUGUUACAUGCACAUCAUUUAGUUCAGCUAUACAAUUGUGUAUCUGGUUCGAUAGAUAAUAAAAGCAUACAGUCAAUAAAUAAUGUGCUGGUAACACUAGAAUUUGAUCCAAAACACAUAACGCGAGGGUAUACAGAUGAAGCUUACGGUGGGAAAGCUGAAUGCUUCGUUUCCAAAGGGCAAGGCACAAAAUAUUAUGAGUUAUUGCAUAGUGAGUUAAAGAAAGAUGUAAUAUCGUUCAUAGGAAUGGUUGAAAUUGAUAUUGAUAGUUCUGUAAAAAUGUUUUUAAAAUCAAUCAACCAGAGAUUACAGUUUGCUUUUUCUUCAGUUAAAAAUUUACAAGACAUUAAUAUAGAAAGUGAAGUUAAAAGCUUAAAACUUUGAAUAAUACUAUUGAAAUGUUUAUAUAAAAGUAAAACCUAAGUUAUUGUUAUAUUAUACUUAAAUCAUAAUACCUGGGUUUCAGCAAGCUAUAGAAUAAAAUUAAGGGAAAGUAGAUAUAGAAAAAAAUACGAAUUUUUGGUAUAUGGGCUACUUCAUACUCCAAAUCACAGCUACAAGUUUACCAUUUGAUUCUAUUAGGUAUCUUUAUUGCGUUAAAAGAGAGUGUGUAUAAAUACCUGAAUUUAUUACAGAAACUUAAACAUUGCAAGAUAAUAAAAAUAUUAUAUUUAAAAUAGUUUGACUUAUAUUAUAUAUCGACUAUGUUUUACACUUUCGACUGUACACAUUUAUAUGGAAAAAUAUAAAUAAAUAAAUGCAAUAUAUAUAUUAUAAAAA